UUGUAAAUGUAACCCUAAUUUCCUCUGAAAUUUAAGUGUUUCAAUCGGAAAGAAUACAAUUAAUUAAUUUCGUUAAAAUUUGUAAUUUAUGAGCGUUUUUCCUGAGAAAGAAGAAGAUGAAGGUGUGUUAGUCUCUUUUUUUUAAAUUAAUUAAUCUUAUUAGGUGUUAUCGACAUAGGAGAACAAUUAUUGGUCAAAUACUAUAAAACAGCACAUCAGCUCAUUUCCGAUAGGAGUAGACAACAUCAACGAUUGUAGCGUAGCUAGGAGUAUAUUUAGGAUUAGUUUUAGGUUUUAAUUCUUGAAUUUAAACACUAGACUUUCUCUUUUCCUUCAUCAAAUUCGUAGCCUAGUUCCUCAAUUUUCGGAAUUUUUGUUCAAGUUCUUCGCAACUUUUGAUUUUCAAUUACAAGAUUCAUUGUUUGAAAGGGCUUGAUUUCUGGUUGCUAUCAGUUUUCCAGAAUGGAGAUAGAUGCUGAUGAAAAAGACAAGGGUCUCGUUCUGCUGAAGCAAGGUGCCGAAGCUAGAGUUUUCGAGUCAACCUUUGUUGGAAGGAAGUCUAUUGUAAAAGAAAGAUUUUCAAAGAAGUAUAGGCAUCCAACACUGGACUCGAAGCUUACACUUAAGCGCUUGAACGCAGAAGCUAGGUGCAUGACAAAAGCUAGAAAACUAGGAGUUACAACUCCAGUUCUAUUCUCAGUGGACCCUGUAUUACAUACUCUAAUAUUUGAGUUUGUGGAGGGCCCUAUGGUUAAGGACCUAUUUCUCGAGUUUGGUUCAAAUGGAAUUGUUGAAGAACGCUUACAGGAUAUCGCAACACAAAUAGGGAACUCUAUUGCAAAACUUCAUGAUGGUGGCCUUAUUCAUGGUGAUUUGACAACCUCAAACAUGCUAAUUCGUAAGGAUACCAAUCAACUGGUGCUAAUUGACUUUGGUUUGAGCUUCACAUCUACUUUACCAGAAGACAAAGCAGUGGACUUGUACGUACUUGAAAGGGCAUUGAUAUCUAUGCACUCUUCUUGCGGAAAUGUGAUGGAAAAGGUGCUUGCUGCAUACAGGAAAUCCUCGAAGCAGUGGUGUUCUACAACAAACAAGUUAGCUCAAGUUAGACAGAGAGGUAGAAAACGCAGCAUGGUUGGGUAAGCUGCAGAAGAAUCUUCAUAGAAUAGUUCGUGUAUUAUUUAUUCAUAGAUUGUGCAUUUUUAUUUGUUGUAUCAAGCUUGUAAAAAUAAGCUUGUUCAGUAUUUGUACUCUAUCCUCGAUACGGAGUAUAUUUCAAUGUUGCAGUCUGUUAGGGAUAGUCAUUGUUUGCAAGAUCUUUCUGUAUCAUAUUAGUGCAGAACCACUGAAGUUUUUUUUUCUUUUUGGCAGAAAUCCAUUUUGUCAAAGAAAACUGAACUAUAUAUAUUCUUGUAUUAUAAUGGAGGAGUUUGUAAUAUUUUCACAUAAUGCAAUAACAUAAUUUAUACGA